CCGGACUACUUCUUGACGGUCACUUUGCCAUGGACUUUCGGCAUGCUGCUGUUCCUGUUCGUGUUCCUGUACGCCAUGCGGACGGACGGCUGCGUGUACCGGCGGCUGACGCACAGCUACACGCCCCCCGCGGUCCGGCAGCAGCUUGCCGAGGAGGAGCGGCGCGAGCGCCAGGAGGAGACGGAGCGCACCGCGACGAACGCCUGGGAGUCGGAGCGCGCCCGGUGGCGCUCGCAGCGCUCGCCGCGCCCGGACGCCUCCACGGACGCGGUGUCCUCGUCGUCCUCCGGGCCGGCGCCGACAGUGUCCUGGGCGGAGCGGCCCGCCGCCAAACGGAGCCGCGGCCAAGGACGAGGAGCGCGUUGA